GAUACGUAAUAAACGCAAUCAGGUUGUUCUCUGUAUACAUCCAUGAGGUAGUCUCUUUGUCAACUGAAAGGCUAAUGAGCGAACACGUUUCAAGUUAAGUUUUGCUUUCAUUUCAGAGGCUGUAAGGCAGCAGUGUCUACUACAUCAAACUAACAAAGCCGAAAGGGAUGUUUCAUUUCAUUGCCGUAAAGGAGCUUUAACAGGUAGACAGUAUGAGUGGUCAAAGCCGUGCUCCUCCAGUCAGUGAUGACAUUACUCCCCUCCAGCGGAUGGCGGCAUCGUGCACCGGAGCCAUCUUCACAUCACUGUUGGUCACACCGUUGGAUGUUGUGAAGAUCAGACUGCAAGCACAGAAAAAUCCCUUCCCCAAAGGGAAGUGCUUUGUCUACUGCAACGGACUUAUGGACCAUAUAUGUGUGUGUGAAAACGGCAACUCCAAGGCAUGGUACAAAGCCCCCGGUCACUUCAGUGGCACACUGGAUGCCUUCAUUAAGAUAGUACGCAAUGAAGGAAUCAAGGCAUUGUGGAGCGGUCUGCCUCCAACACUUGUGAUGGCAGUCCCAGCUACAGUCAUCUACUUCACAUGUUACGACCAGCUGUGUGCAGCAGUGAGGGUCAAGAUGGGCGACCACGCACAGAUGGCUCCUCUUCUGGCCGGAGCAGUCGCUAGAGUGGGAGCAGCGACAGUCAUCAGUCCUCUAGAGCUGAUGCGCACAAAGCUGCAGUCUCAGAAACUGUCGUACAGGGAGCUGACUAACUGUGUCCGUUUGGCAGUGGAGACAGAAGGCUGGCGGUCUCUGUGGCGGGCUUUAGGGCCCACACUCCUUAGAGAUGUGCCCUUCUCAGCCAUGUACUGGUACAACUACGAGAGGAGCAAGAGCUGGCUGUGUGAACGUUAUAACACCAGAGAGCCCACGUUGGCCAUCUCCUUCAUAUCCGGAGCGGCGUCUGGCACUAUUGCGUCCAUCGUAACAUUACCUUUUGAUGUUGUCAAAACAAGAAGGCAGGUGGAGCUUGGAGAGCUACAAGCGAUGAAUUUGUCGUCUAAGGCCUCCUCUUCCACCAUCAGUGUGAUGAGGAAGAUUGUUGCACAGCACGGCUUUGGUGGAUUGUUUGCAGGUUUCCUUCCUCGGGUUGUCAAAGUGGCCCCGGCCUGUGCCAUCAUGAUAAGCUCUUAUGAGCUUGGGAAGGCCUUUUUCCGCAAACACAACCAGGAGAGGACUCACAGGGCUCCGCAGACCAGUAACACCUGAUAGAUAGAGCAGAAAUGAAAGUGGGGGGAAAAAAGCUGUUUGACCCAAUUCAGCAUUACAAAAUACUGACAUGACUCAAAUUUAUAUGAAAUGAUUUUUAUUACAGUAUUUAUAUUUUAAUAUUCCUUGCCUUUAUUUCACCGCCACAGAUCCAAUGCACACAACUGAAAAGAAAUAUUUAUUCACUUAAGAAGUGUUGGAAUCUCAUGAUUUUAGAUGCAGCCAGCAGAUGGCAGCCACAGUUUUGUUAAUAAUAUGUGAUUUUCCAGGUCCCAGAUGUGGUUGUCCCACUGGAAUCAUGUGCACUGUGCCUGAAGUUCUUAUAUUAGAGAUGUAAGAUUAGAGUUUAUUCCUCUGUGUAUGACUCAGAGUCAGCAUAUCAUGUUACUGUACAGGGGAUCUCCAUGUUUUGCACUUUCACUCCAAACCUGUGAAUAUGUGUGUGACAUAAACACAAACAUAUAUGAUAGAAGAUGCCAGAACAGUGUGAGUGUGAAGCAACUAACUAUAACUUGCUUUGGGAGAGCACUGUGACAACUGUUAGCUUUAUGAAAAUAUGAAAAUGUGAAAAUGUUAAAUAUAUAUACUUGCUUUUCUUUGGAAAUUCUUUUCAUUGAUCUAUUUUUUCAUGACCUUUUAUCACACGUGUUCAUAGUGGACAAGAAACAAAAAUGUCAAACUUUCGUUUUUGCAAGUGGAGUUUAUUCAAAAUGAAGGAUAAAAAGGCAAAUAAAUCCAGUAAAACAUC